ACAUCGCCUCGGUUUAUCCAGCAGUCGUCCGAGUGAAAGUGCCCGGCGUGGACGCAAACGUUUGGCACACCAGCAGCCACCCUCUGCUGACGUAGUUGGGUUUGUUUGAUCGACCCUUGUGUGUACACACAAAUAUAUACCAUAUACACGAUGGAGAGCGGCUCCGAGCCCAUCAGGAAAACCAUGGACGAGAAAAGUUACAUUCUCGACGCGAGGAAGCCCUUCGAGGACGGAGGCAGCCUUGGCUCCGAGGAUUCUUUUGACGACAUGAAGCGACUAGUUAGGGAAGGAGACGAAGGGGACUCUGAAAAGUUCUCGAGCCUGCCUCUGGCGAGUUUCAACUUCAUCAACUCCAUAAUCGGCAGCGGCGUGAUCGGUAUACCCUACGCCCUCCAUCAAGCUGGUUUUGGUCUCGGGAUGAUGUUGCUGGUCCUCGUGGCCGUUUUAACCGACUACUCGCUGAUCCUGAUGGUCCGUAGCGGACACCUCUGCGGCGAAAUGAGCUACCAGGGCCUCAUGCGACACGCCUUCGGCCGACCGGGCUUUUACAUCCUCACCGCACUCCAGUUCAUCUACCCAUUCGUCGCGAUGGUGUCGUACAACGUCGUGGUGGGCGACACCGUGACAAAGGUACUGAUACGCGUGACUGGCCUCGACAAGGACAGCUUCCUCGUGAGGCGCGAACUGGUCAUCCUCCUGUCGACCCUGCUCAUCGUCAUACCGCUCUGUCUCUACAAGAACGUCGCCCGCCUCGCCAAAAUCUCCUUCCUCUCGCUCGUCUGCGUUGGCUUCAUCCUCUUCGCCAUAUUCGUGCGGAUGGGCUCCAUGUCGGCUAUCGUGCCGAGCCACGGGGACAGCUGGAGCUUCGGGCACAUCGGGGGAGUCGUCCCUGCCGUCGGGAUAAUGGCGUUCGCGUUCAUGUGCCACCACAACACCUUUCUGAUCUACAGCUCGAUCGAGCACGCGACCCAGAAAAAGUGGGACGUGGUGACCCACUGGUCGCUGUUCACCUCGUUCCUCGUGGCCGCGGCCUUUGGUAUCGCUGGCUACGCGACUUUCACCAGCUUCGUUCAGGGCGACCUCAUGGAGAACUACUGCUGGGACGACGACCUCAUGAACUUUUCGCGGCUCAUGUUCAGCGGCACCAUCCUCCUGACCUUCCCGAUCGAGUGCUUCGUCACCCGCGAGGUCAUUAUGACCGCGGUGCGGGGUACCGACGAGGUGGAGAACCACGACGCGUACAUCGCGGGCUCGGAUCGCAAGUACCUGGCCAUCACGCUCGGCAUCAUCGGACUGGCCUACCUCAUCUCCAUGUCUACCGACUGUCUGGGCAUCGUCCUCGAGCUGAACGGGAUACUCGCUGCGGUGCCGCUGGCCUACGUUCUCCCGGCUCUCUGUUACCUGAGGCUCGAGGAGGGUCCGGUGCUGUCGCGGCUCAAGCUCCCGGCUCUAGGGCUCCUCGUUGCAGGUGUCUUUGCCGCUGCCUCGGGUCUCCUUCUCCUUCUGUUUGACGAGUCAGCAUCGGCCUCCUGUGCCCACGGGGGUGUCAUGUUUUACUGCGAGAAGCGCCAACGCGACAGUGACCCCGCGAGUUUUACCACCAUUGUUAACGCCACCGUGACGUCGCUGCUCUCCAGUUAAGGGACACCCUCGACCCUGUAAGUUGUAUGCGUGACUUGCACCAGGUAUGCACUUUCGCGAGACCGAAACGUACGACGGCCAAAAUACAUAAACCAAUGAGCCAAGCACUCGUGAAUUUCGUGAGGUUUUUUCGCUCAUAGCGUACGGAGGAUAUACCGGAGGCUUGAUCUUGCAUCGCUAUAGUUUCAAAGUACGUGAAAGGAGCGCAGAAUCAAAGAGAAUCGUACAUUUUUUUUCGCAAUAAACAAAAAAAAAAAA